AUGGCUGAGAAUCUCCCACCAAUGGAAUACCGCCACCUGGGUAACAGUGGCUUGCUGGUUUCGGUGAUAUCUCUCGGAGGAUGGCUUACUUAUGGUGGACAUGUUGAAGAUGAGAAAACGUUCUCCUGUAUGAAAGCCGCGUACGAUGCCGGUAUCAAUUUCUUCGAUACAGCGGAGGGAUAUGCCGGUGGACAGUCGGAGGUCGUGAUGGGUAAGGCAAUUAAGAAAUUCGGAUGGAAGCAACAGGAUCUUGUUAUUUCCACCAAGAUUUAUUUCGGACAAGCCAAUGGCAAAGACCCAGAGAAUGCUCUCAAUAACAGGGGUCUGUCACGCAAACACAUCAUCGAGGGAUUAGAUCUCUCGCUCAAGCGUCUUGACUUGCCUUAUGUGGAUAUUGUCUACGCCCACCGGCCUGACAGGACUACCCCCAUGCACGAAAUCGUGCGGGGCUUCAACCACGUCAUUGACCAAGGCAAGGCAAUCUACUGGGGCACAUCCGAAUGGAGCGCGUCCGAGAUCGCCGACGCCUGGCGCUGGGCUGACAAGUUGGGACUAAUCGGCCCUGUGGUCGAACAGCCACAGUACAACCUGUUGGUUCGCGAGCGCGUGGAGAAAGAAUACCGCUGGCUCUACGCUGAGCAUGGCACUGGUCUGACCGUGUUUUCGCCUCUUAAAGGCGGUGUCUUGACAGGGAAAUACAACGAUGUCGAAGCGCCGCCAGCAGGUUCCCGGCUGAAGGAAGGGGACGGUAAAUUGGCAUAUGUUACCCAACUAUCAAAGACAUGGGGCGACGAGUCGUGGAAGAAGAAUCUGGCUGUCGUAGCAAGCCUAAAGCCCAUCGCGGAAGAGCUCAAUGCCACUGUGGCUCAAUUGGCGCUUGCUUGGGCACUCAAGAACCCGAACGUCUCUUCGUUGAUUACUGGGGCGUCGAGACCGGAGCAAGUCUACGAGAAUGUCAAGGCGAUUGAGGUCGUGAAGAAGCUGACGCCGGAGAUUAUGGAGAAGAUUGAAAAGGCUGCGCAGACCGCACCGGCGGUAGAGCCGCUACGUGCUUAG